UCUCUCCAGGAGCCUGGAACUAUUCUUGAGUGCUGCAAGUUGUAGUGAGCACCGCCGAGCGUCUCUCUUUGGGGUAGUUCUUAUCUAAAAGUUGAUUUUAGUUGCUUCUAAACUGAGCAGCUUCACCCCUUAACCCUGUUCUAAAUAAGAAAGCAGCCGCAUAGUAUCAGCGAGCCCCCCCGAUGAGCAAGCGCCGCGGAGUAGCUUAGCAGUCUCCCAGGACCCAGCUCCGGAGGAGCAGCAAGCAUGCACCCUGGGUUGUGGCUGCUCCUGCUUUCCUUGUGCCUGGCGGAGGAACUGGCAGAAGCGGGAGAAAAAGAAUCUUAUGUAAAGCCAUGUGCAGGCCAAGACUGCAGUCAAGGCUGUAAAUGCUUGCCUGAAAAGGGAGCUAGAGGGAAACCUGGACCAAUUGGAAUUCAAGGUCCCACAGGUCCUAAAGGAUUUGCUGGACCUACUGGUUUAUCAGGGUUGAAAGGAAAAAAGGGUUCCCCAGGCCCUAUUGGCCCAUAUGGACCAAAAGGAGAUAAGGGUUCCAUGGGAGUUCCUGGCUUUCUUGGUAUCAAUGGGAUUCCGGGCCACCCCGGACAGCCAGGCCCAAGAGGUCCAUCUGGCCUGGAUGGUUAUAAUGGAACUAAAGGAGCUGUUGGAUUUCCAGGCCCUGUUGGCUAUCCUGGGAUUGUUGGACUUCCUGGACUCCCUGGUCUGAAAGGUUCAAAAGGUGAAUCCAUUCUUUCUCAAGGCAGUUUCACAGGCAUGAAGGGGGAUCCUGGGUUGCCUGGACCGGAUGGAAUCAUGGGCCCACAAGGAUCACCUGGAACUCCUGGAGAUGCAGGACCCAUGGGACCACCAGGAUUGCAAGGUCCUUCAGGCCCCCCUGGUUUCCCUGGUCCUGAUGGAAAUAUAGGAUUAGGUUUCCAAGGAAAAAAAGGAGUCAAGGGGGAUGUUGGCCUCCCCGGGCCCACAGGACCACCACCAUCUACUGGGGAACUAGAAUUCAUGGGUGUUCCCAAAGGGAAGAAGGGAUCCAAGGGUCAACCAGGGCCCACGGGACUCCCAGGCAUGAUUGGCCCUCCGGGCUUCCAGGAAUUUGGAUCUAUUGGAGAAAAAGGAAUCCUUGGCUUGCCAGGACCUAGGGGUCCCAUGGGUUCAGAAGGCGUGCCAGGCCCUCCAGGGACAAAGGGCAAGAAGGGGUCUCCAGGUAUUCCUGGGUUUAAUGGAUUCCCGAGAAUUAAGGGUGAAAAAGGUGGGACUGGCCUACCAGGACCAGAUGUUUUCAUGAGUGCAGAUGGUGCUAUGAUCUCAGGUAAUCCUGGAGAUCCCGGGAUGCCAGGCCCCCCGGGAUUUAAAGGAGAUGAAGGCAUCCAGGGCCAACGUGGCCCUUCUGGCAUCCCUGGCCUUCCAGCCUUACAAGGUGUGCCAGGUACUAUAGGGCCUCAGGGACUUCCAGGUCUGAAGGGGGACCUAGGAAACCCAGGCCACAUCACAAUUGGAGGAGUUGGCCUUCCUGGCAGAAUUGGUUUACCAGGCCUACCAGGUCUACCAGGCCCACAAGGUCCACCAUCUAAGAUUGGAACUAUAUAUGGCACAGAGCCAGGAUUUCCUGGUCUCCGAGGAGAACAAGGUCUAAAGGGAAACUCAGGCCACAAAGGAGUAAAAGGGGACUCGGGAUUUUGUGCUUGUGAUGGUGGUAUCCCCAACACCGGACCACCGGGGGAACCUGGCCUGCUUGGGCCACAAGGUCUCAUGGGCUUUCCAGGCCUUAAAGGAACCAGAGGAGAUGCAGGCUCUGAGGGUACACAGGGCCCAGCAGGGACUCCAGGUUCAUUUGGACCUCAAGGUCUUACAGGUGCCAAAGGAAAGAAAGGUGAACCAACUCUCAGAACAGGAUCGGGAAUGCCAGGGGAGAAGGGUGAUCCAGGCCCGCAGGGGUUCCCUGGUAUAACAGGAGCCCCAGGCAAGGAUGGCAUACCAGGUUUACCAGGUCUGCCAGGUGUUCAAGGUGAUGGUGGACAGGGCUUCCCAGGUGAAAAAGGACAACCAGGACUUCCUGGUGAAAAAGGCCAUCCUGGUCCAACUGGUCCUCCAGGAAUUGGGCUACCAGGACUUCCUGGACUUCAUGGGCCCCCUGGAGAUAAAGGAAUAGAUGGGUUACCAGGGCAUCGUGGCCUCCAUGGAUCUCCAGGAAUCACCUUGCCUUGUAUUAUUCCUGGGUCAUAUGGUCCAUCAGGAUUACCAGGAGCUCCUGGAUUCCCAGGACCUAAAGGGGUCCGCGGCCUCCCUGGGACUCCAGGACAGCCUGGAUCUAGUGGAAACAAAGGAGAGCCUGGAAGUCCAGGAUUACUUAAUUUCCCUGAAUUGCCAGGGUUUUCUGGACCUCAUGGGGAGAAGGGCUUGCCUGGGUUUCCUGGGCUUCCUGGAAAAGAUGGCUUGCCUGGGAAGGCUGGCAGUCCAGGUUUACCAGGUUCUAACGGAGCCCCUGGUGACAUCUUUGAUGCUGAAAAUGGUGCUUCUGGGGCUCAAGGCCUACAGGGAUUGCCAGGGGACAGAGGAUUUCCUGGAGACUCUGGCCCUCAAGGACCCACAGGUUUACACGGGCAGCCUGGCUUGCUAGGCCCAAAGGGUGACCAGGGCAGCCCUGGAACAUCAGGACAAGAGGGACAUCCAGGCCCCCCAGGGUCUAUUGGUCUGCAUGGCAUCAAAGGCAAAUCUGGGCUCCAAGGAGUACCAGGUCUUCGAGGAAUUUCAGGAUAUCCUGGAAAAAAAGGCCCAAAAGGCAAGAAAGGCCUCCCUGGAUCAACUAGAAAAAGAGGUCUACCUGGGAUGAAAGGCCUUCCUGGAUCCACUGGGGUAACUGGCAUCCUGGGAAGUCCAGGCUUGCCAGGAGUUACUGGGUUGCCAGGCCUUCCAGGUCCAAAGGGUGAGAAGGGGUCCACUGGACUAGUAGGUUUUCCAGGAAUACAAGGUCAACCUGGUUUUCCUGGUGCAAGUGGAUUAAAGGGAAUUCCUGGAUCAGCUGGAAAAGUGGGAACAUCUGGACAUGCUGGAAAUACAGGUGAAAAGGGAGACAGAGGUGAUCCAGGCCCAGUUGGAGUACCCAGUGCAAGAUCUCCAAUGCUGAGCCUACAGUUCAAAGGAGACAAAGGCUCUCAAGGAUCGGCUGGAUCAGACGGAUUUCCUGGGCCCAGAGGUGACAAAGGAAAGGCUGGGCAUCCAGGGUCACCGGGCCUGCCUGGAUCUCCUGGCUUCCCCAGCACCAUCAAAGGGCUUAGUGGGGUACCAGGUCUCCCUGGCUCCAUGGGGCUGCAGGGCUUACCUGGUCUGAAGGGCUCCUCUGGAAUCACAGGUUUUCCAGGAAUGCCAGGAGAAAGUGGUUCACAGGGUCUCAUUGGGACUCCCGGACUCCCAGGAGUAUCUGGUCUCCCAGGCUCAAAAGGUGAUCAGGGCCAGAUGCUUGAAAUUUCUGGUAACCCAGGACCCAAGGGACAACCUGGUGAACCUGGUAUUAAAGGUGUUAAAGGAAAAGAUGGACUGGUUGGUGAUGUUGGUUUCCCAGGAAACAAAGGUGAAGAUGGGAAAGUUGGUAUUUCUGGAGAUGCUGGCCUUCCUGGCUCCCCAGGACUUCCAGGGAUCGCAGGUAUCAGAGGAGACCCAGGAUUUCCAGGUUCCUCUGGUCAUUCAGGGACCCCUGGGCCCCUGGGACCCUCUGGCUUAAUUGGACCCAAAGGAUUCUCUGGAUCUCCUGGUUUACAUGGACUGAAUGGCCUUCCAGGUACCAAGGGUACCCGUGGCACCCCAGGAGCCAGUAUCACUGGUGUGCCUGGGCCUGCUGGCCUGCCUGGUCCCAAAGGGAAAAAGGGAACUCCAGGAACUGUCAUUGGAGCUCCAGGAAAUCCAGGUACAAGAGGACAAAAAGGUGGCCGAGGUUUUCCAGGUCUUCAAGGCCCCGCUGGCCCCCCUGGUGCCCAAGGCAUCUCCUUGCCUUCAAUCAUAGCAGGCCAGCCUGGCCAGCCUGGGCAACCAGGCCUAGAUGGAGAACGAGGCCGCCCAGGCAACCAAGGGUCCCCAGGUCCCCCUGGGCCAUCCUCAGAUCAAGGCGACCCUGGAGACCCUGGAUUCCCUGGAAUUCCUGGCCUUUCAGGACCCAAGGGAGACCAAGGAAUUCUAGGUUUCUCUGGCCUCCCUGGAGAGCUAGGACUGAAAGGCGUGAGAGGUGAACCUGGCUUCAUGGGGACUCCAGGCAAGGUUGGGCCACCUGGAGACCCAGGAUUACCCGGGAUGAAGGGGAAGGCAGGGCUACAAGGCUCUCCAGGCCUUCAAGGUGCUCCUGGGAAAACUCUAGCUGUGGAAGCUAUCCAGAUUCCUCCUGGUCCCUUGGGUCUACCAGGCAUCAAUGGCAUUCCUGGUCUUGCAGGGGACCCUGGGAAGCAAGGUCCUGUUGGUCCACAAGGUACCAAAGGUUUACCUGGAAUCCCUGGCAAGGAUGGCUUCAGCGGGCUUCCAGGCCCGCCUGGGACACUCGGUGAUCCUGGUCACCCUGGACUGCAAGGCCCCCCAGGAUUUGAAGGAGCUCCAGGGAAGCCAGGCCCCUCUGGGAGCCCUGGGAGGCCUGGGCACAGCGCAAGAAUGGGCUACACAUUGGUGAAGCACAGCCAGUCAGCACAAGUGCCUCUGUGCCCCAUCGGGAUGAGCCAGCUGUGGGUGGGUUACAGCCUGCUGUUCGUGGAGGGCCAGGAGAAAGCCCACAACCAAGAUUUGGGGUUUGCUGGCUCCUGCCUCCCCCGCUUCAGCACCAUGCCUUUCAUUUACUGCAACAUCAAUGAAGUGUGCCACUAUGCCCGACGCAAUGAUAAGUCCUACUGGCUUUCCACUACUGCUCCUAUUCCCAUGAUGCCCGUCAGCCAGGCCCAGAUUCCCCAGUACAUCAGCCGCUGCUCUGUGUGUGAGGCACCAUCACAAGCCAUUGCUAUGCACAGCCAGGACAUCACCAUCCCACAGUGCCCUCUGGGCUGGCGAAGCCUAUGGAUCGGGUACUCCUUCCUCAUGCACACUGCCACUGGGGCCGAGGGUGGAGGCCAGUCUUUGGUUUCCCCAGGCUCCUGCCUUGAGGAUUUCCGGGCAACUCCUUUCAUCGAGUGUAGUGGUGCCCGAGGCACCUGCCACUACUUUGCCAACAAGUACAGUUUCUGGUUGACGACAGUAGAGGAGAGGCAACAGUUUAGGGAAGAACCUGUGUCAGAAACACUGAAAGCCGGGCAGCUCCACACCAGGGUUAGCCGCUGCCAGGUGUGCAUGAAAAAUCUGUAGAGUGGCACCUACCACUCUGCCCAUUGCCUUGCAUACCCCUCACAAUGGUCACCUUGCAAGCCUGAACAAUCAGAAGAAGGAAAGCGUGAGCCCAUUUGCCUAUCUGUCAAGUUAUACAUUGGAGGUGCUUUUGGGCUGGACUGCUGGACACUGGUCACCCCAACCUUCGGGCCCAUUAGAUGAGCCCACCCUGUGAGGUCUGCUGUCCCUAUUUCAUCAACCUGGUGCUAGGCUUCUAUUUGGAUGUUUGCAUGUCAAUUCAUGGCUACCUCAGAAAGAUUUGCUGGACUUUCUUAAGACUGCUAGAAGCCAUACUGUCUUGAUUAGAAAUCUCUUCAUAAUAGCUAGUAAGUCACUUCGUUACGUCUAGAAGUUACCACACAUUAUUCGGCUUAAGCCAGAACCCAGUGCUUCUACAUUUAAAAAAAAUUACCUGGCUGAACAUUCACAGAUGGUUUGAGUGUGCAUAGGGCAAGCCCUCACUAUGCCAAGAGGUCUCCUGUGUCUGGGUGGAACUGGAAGGAAUUGCCAGCCAGUAUUGCAGGGUCAGCCAUGACUCCUUCCAAAGUAUGCAAGACUGGGUCCCACAUUGCUGAGAAAGGCUUGAUGGCCAGCAGCCUUUAAUUUCAUAUGGGCCUAGACAAAUCACAUCCUCCUUGCUGGCUCAUUCUUCCUAGCCAGAGGACUUGGCUUGGGCCAAGUAGAACAGAGGCUGCAAUAAAUGUGGCCAAGGCCAUAAAAGGAAACAGAAACCACAGCACUUUCUCCUGGGCCAGGGGUAGAGGAGUAAAUGGGUAAGAAGGUAUGGAAUGUGUUUUGGGCUAGAGGAAUAAAAAGGUACAUCUCAUUUACUUUUUCUCAAUUUCUUAAAAGUCUCUGUUUAUUCUAUAUGCCAUCCAAAUGUACUCCAUGCGGUACAGUGAAGUUGUAGUGUGUUAGUUCUUUGCAUUCUGAGGCUCAGGCUUUGCAUUACAAUGGUUAUCCUACUGCUCUUUCAUAGGUAGCCUUUUAAACUUUUUUAAUACUCAUAAAUUUAGAACACUGCUCUUAUUAACAGUUAGUAGACCUAAAGCAAGCCUGAGUUGGCUAUAAAGCAUAUUCUGUAUGGGGUUUUCAUCUUGGCCACUUUCUUUAAUUACCAGUUUCCCAUGACACUUUUAGAUAUGUUCACAUGAGGCAAUUCCUUCCAGGUGAUUCUGUUUCUUUAAGUAUUAUGUAAACUGUGCCAACACAGCCAAAGCUUAAUCAGUAUAAUCUGAACUACUGUCAUCUUAACCUCCUGAGU